AUUUCAAUUUUACAAAAAUCUAACUUGUAAAUUAUUUAACAUUAGUGUUACAAACCCAUCUAAAAUACUAAUGGCUUAGUUAGUUAUGUGGUGAUUGAAGCUGAGCUUGGUAGGACGAACCGUGUGUUCGAUCCCCCGCAACAACAAUUAGGAGGGGGCUGGAACCUAUCCAUCCAAAACUCACCCCGAAUCCAGAUUAGGCCGAUUAGCCUUAAAAUGAUGAUUAGCCCUAUGAUUAUGAUCAGAUCCUUAAGCUUUACGGCUUCAAGGGACUGGUGGUACAGGCUAACCUUCUCCCACGCCGGGCUCGUGUCAGUGUUGUCCGAUCUUGGCGAAGGAACCACCAUGCAUUGUUGGGUUCCAAGGGUGUACAAGCAAUCUAAGCCAAACCUUCUCUUGGUUUAUGGGUUUGGGGCUAAUGCUAUGUGGCAAUAUUCUGGUGUUCUUGACCAUUUUAUUCCCAAGUACAAUGUAUAUGUACCAGACCUCUUAUUCUUUGGGAGAUCCUACACCACCCAAAAGGAAAGGUCAGAAACCUUCCAAGCAAGGUGUUUGAUGAAGCUAAUGCAUAUACAUGGAGUUCAAAAAGCUAGCUUUGUAGGGAUAAGCUAUGGCGGUUUCGUAGGGUAUAGCAUGGCAAACCAGUUUCCGGAUGCAGUGGAGAAGGCGGUGUUGUGUUGCACCGGGGUUUGCCUCGAAGAGAAGGACUUGAAGGAGAGGUUGUUCAAGGUUCAAGACUUGGAUGAAGCUGCUAAGGUCUUAAUGCCUCAAAGUGCUAAUAAGUUGAGGGAGUUGAUGAAACUCUCUUUUGUUAAACCUCCUAAGGGAGUUCCUAAUUGGCUCUUAACCGAUUUCAUAAAUGUUAUGUGUAAAGAGAAUUGCUUGAAGAAAUACUCAAGGAUAGGCAACUCACAAAUUUACCAAAGAUCCCACAUAUUAAACAACAAUGUCAUGGAGUGUAAUUCAAUAAAGGAAGGGAGAUUAAUGGCUAAUCUGGAAUAUGGCGUAGAGACAAUAUUCUCGGCGGCACAGUAAACUACUCGACGGUGCGGUAAAGUUCUAUGUUAACAUAGAUAACAACAUAUAUAGUUAUUUUUUUUUUUAUUACAGAUGGUACUGAAAACUAAUGGAGUCAAAUUCAUAUACGGCAAAGACGGGAGAGGGAGAGUAAUUGAUAACCUGGUUGGUGUCGGAAUGUCAAUGUUCUCAUCGGCAGAUGAAGGAAACGUUCUUGACGGUGCAGCAAGUUCUCAAUGAUUUUGUGAAAUCCUUUUUGAUUGUGGCAUGAACUGUGUAAUUCGAUUGUGUUGCUUGAAUUAUUUUGAAAUCCUUUGACAAAUGUUGGAAUUAGUCAGUGAAUCAUUACCAAUUUCGCUGCUUAAUUGAUCUUCUUACCAUAUUAAAAAAUAAUGGAAUUUU